AUGUCCAUCACACGCACCAGGGCUGUAGCCCUGCUACGACCGCCGCGAUUGAGUGCAUCUGCAACACUGUCAAGCAACCCUCUUGGACAGAGACCAGCCCUUACGCGAACCUACUUCUCAAUCCACCAUCCCGAUCCUCCACCUUUCCCCGAAACUCAAGAUCGAAUCCUUUCGGCUGCCAUUAGUCGGGUACCUCAGCAUGGGUUUACGGUGAGGGCACUGGCGUUAGGAGCUAAAGAUGCUGGAUACCUGGACGUUACUGUCCAACUCUUCCCCCGCGGGGUCUUUGAUCUUAUCAAUUACCACCUGGUCACUCAAAGACGUGCGUUGAAAGAUACCGUGCAGUUUCCAGAAAGUUCAACGCCGGGCUUGGGAGCAAAAAUAAGGACAUUGACCAUGGCACGGUUGAGAGCAAAUGCGGACAUGAUCCACCAAUGGCAAGGAGCUCUCGGGUACAUGUCCCUCCUCGAGAACAUUCCUGCCUCGAUAAAGGAGCUUUAUGCGUUGUCGGAUGAGAUUUGGUAUCUCGCGGGAGACACCGCAGUCGACUUCUCCUGGUACACCAAACGAGCCUCCCUCGCAGGCGUCUACGCAAGUUCAGAACUGUUCAUGACAAGGGAUACAUCAAAAGAUUUCUCGGCAACAGAAGAGUUCCUCGACCGGAGAUUGAGAGAUGUACAGCUCCUCGGAGGCACUGUUGGAGGACUGUCACAAUAUCUUGGCUUCUGGGCAAGCAACAGUGUGAAUUUGGCCAGGUCGUGGGGUAUGAGAGUGUGA